AUGGAUGACAUUGCGGGAAAGUUAGCACCAUUGCCGGAAGCGAUUUCGGCACGUGUACCUCGAUGGGUAGUUAUUGCCCAAAUAGGGAAUCUGUUCCUUCUGAUUGUAUUCUAUUUACACGCCUAUAUCACGAUUAUUGUGGCUAACUCGUUAUGUCAGAAAGACGUUCUGGAGCGAUCUUGUUCUCGAAUUCACCGUCACUGCUCGGACAUCGGAAUGAAACUGAUGGGGUUUCAAGGUGCGCGCGGUGAUCCAGGGUUACCUGGUCCCGUCGGACCACCUGGUAAGUGUUUGUUAAUCUGUGUUAAAAUACGGUAUAUAGGCAUCCUAAAGUCGGUUUCUAAAUUAGGUCGAUGCAACUGCACGUUUCCCAAUAUGUACGUCCAUAGAAUUCCAAUUCCUGGACCUCCUGUGAUUCAGGUCGAAGAGAAGAUGGUUCCAGUGCCGGUGGUGGUAGUGAAGGAAGUGGAAGUAACACGACUUGUGCCGUUUGAGCCGACACCGCCCGGAUUUGGACCUCCACCAGGCUGGUCUCCGGGAAUGCCGAAGCCAGAUCUAAGUAAAACAAGGAAGCUAUCGAGGUUUUACAUAUUCUCGACAGUUACUACGACACUGACGCCUCGAUCAACACGAAGAAGAAGGCCCACCACUCCGAAGUACUUUGUGCCUCCAGUAUUCGGUGAGAAUGGCACGCUUCUGUUUGGAAAUUUCACGGACACAUGGGGUAACUACACGAAUUUCACCACUCCUGAACCAUAUACUGGUCCGCCGACCCUUGGCUACAAUCGAAGAGAAUGCAUGUUGGCUGCUGUGGGAAUUCCUGUUCUUCAUGCUGAGUCACAAUAUGGAGAAGUCGGUUCCUGGAUGCGUGAUGCGCACCCACAAUCCGACUAUAUGGCUGAAAAACGCUGGGUUACCGAUGGUUAUGCAUCACCGGUUCUCUACGAAUACGAAAAUGAGCGGCAAAUGAUGAACAAAGUGCAAAAUAUCAAGUACUACGUAGAUUAUCUCGCAUCCGGUACUGGAAAUCUCGUUUACAACGGAUCUUACUAUUAUCACAAACACGGUUCUACAGCUUUAGUACGAUACGAUUUGGAAACGACUGAUCAGAUCGAAGCUGAACUUGGCGAUAUUGCCCAUAGAGACUGCGGGCGUUUACCUGAUCACACCUUUGAGGUUUACAGCUUGGUGCAACCAAAUGUUAUUGGUGAGUGCGAUGUCUCCGGUUUGAACCUCACCCCUUCACAACUAAAUCCUCACCACUUUGAUCUCCUGUUAAAGGAUUGCAAUGAAACAGAGAGGCAUCCUUGGCUGUACAGUCGUCCGCAUAACUAUGUCGACUUUGCUGCCGACGAGAAUGGCCUCUGGGUGAUUUACAUGCGUCCAGAUAGUUACUCCCUUUACGUAAGCAAGAUUGAACCGGACUUCUAUAUUGUCGACACGUGGGAAGUACCUGAUGUGAAUGGCACAGAAUUGGCCGACGCGUUCAUUAUGUGCGGGGUACUGUACGGACUACAGAGCGCGACCACCAGGGACUCACGAAUCAGUCUCGCGUACGAUCUUUUCAGCAAUGAGACGAUUCCGGGCCAAGUGGCGUGGUACAAUCCAUAUCAGGGCUUGACAAUGCUGCACUACAAUCCGGUUGACAGCCGACUUUACUUUUUUGAUGAUCGACGUCUUCUUAGUGUGAAUGUGAGAAUGGAUGAUGACGAACCGGAUUACGAAAACUAA